GGCUCAAGCUCCUCACACUCACACACUCACACCCGCACCCACACACACCCACACCCCCAGCCCCACGUCCACACCAUGGCCGCCUCCACCCUGUCCGUCUGCUCCAGCGACCUGAGCUACGGCGGCCGCGUCUGCCUGCCCGGCUCUGGCGACUCCUGCCCCGACCCCUCCUGGCAGGUGGAUGACUGUCCCGAGAGCUACUGCGAGCCCCCCUGCUGCGCCCCGGCCUCCUGCCUGACCCUCCUCUGCACCCCUGCGAGCUGCGGGUCCAGCCCCUGCCCACCAGCCUGCCCCGGCUCCUGCCAGCCCUCCUGUGGCAGCUGCUCCCCCUGCCAGGAGGGCUGCUGUGUGUCUGUCUGCUGCAAGCCCGUGUGCUGCACCCCUGUCUGCUGCACCCCCAUCUGCUGCAAGCCCGUGUGCUGCACCCCUGUCUGCUGCAAGCCCGUCUGCUGUGAGGCAUCCCCUUGCUCAGCCUCCCCCUGCUGCCAGCAGUCUAGCUGCCAGCCCUCCUGCUGCAGCUCCACCCCCUGUCAGGAAGACAGCUGUGUGUCUGUCUGCUGCAAGCCUGUGUGCUGCACCCCUGUCUGCUGCAACCCCGUGUGCUGCACCCCUGUCUGCUGCACCCCUGUCUGCUGCAAGCCUGUCUGCUGUGAGGCCUCCCCCUGCUGCCAGCAGUCUAGCUGCCAGCCCUCCUGCUGCAGCUCCUCCCCCUGCCAGGAAGACAGCUGUGUGUCUGUCUGCUGCAAGCCUGUCUGCUGCACCCCUGUCUGCUGCACCCCCAUCUGCUGCAAGCCUGUCUGCUGCAAGCCCGUGUGCUGUGAGGCAUCCCCUUGCUCAGCCUCCCCCUGCUGCCAGCAGUCUAGCUGCCAGCCCUCCUGCUGCAGCUCCUCCCCCUGCCAGGAAGACAGCUGUGUGUCUGUCUGCUGCAAGCCCGUGUGCUGCCAGGCCUCCCCCUGCUGCCAGCCAAGCCCCUGCAGGCCCUCCUCCUGCGUGUCCCUCCUCUGCCGCCCCGUGUGCAGGCCCGCCUGCUGCGCCCCCUCCCCUUGCCAGCCCAGCUGCUGCCGCCAGGGCUCCAGCGUGUCCCUGCUGUGCCGCCCCGGGUGCUCCCGCCAGGCCUGCUGCCGCCCCGCCUGCUGCUGAGCCGCCUGAACUACCCCGGGAGCUGCCAUCUCAGCUGCUGAGCCCCCCGUCCUCCCCCGGGGCCCCUGCCCUCGGUGGACAUGUGGCUGCUGCCAACUGGAACCUGAACAGGCCGCCCGCCCCUCUCUGGGGAGACGGCCCGCAGCCCUCAGCAGGGGCAACCUGCGGCCCCAGGGCCCUCGUCUGCAUGAGCCGUGGCUUGUAAUCUGCGUGACGAAGGCCAAUCACCGUAAUCAAUAAAGCGUUUGUGUCAUGAAGUAGA